UCGGUACUAGUUUAUGUACAUACCAUUCUUGACAGAUGAGUACAAAAAAAUUUGUUUUUUCUUUAAAAAGAAUACAAAUUAAAACUUUUGGAACAAUAGAAUAACACAAUAAUCAAUUUCUAUUUGUCUGUAAAAUUACAUGUGAAACUUUGACUGAUGUUUAAUAACUGACUUUCGAUAUGUCUCGACGAAAAAAUCAGAGACGCCGUAAUAUCGGCGAAGACACAAGAAUAGCUGUGAAUUUAACAAUAAAAAAACUUUUAAAUAAUUCGGAUCAAAAAGAAUUGGAAUUUCCCUCAUCGUACACAGCUGAGGAAAGAGCAUAUAUUCAUGAACUUGCCAAAGAUCUUGGAUUAAAGUCAAAAAGUCGAGGAAAAGGAGCCAAUCGAUUCUUGACAGUUUAUAAACGAGAAGGCUCUUCAAUUGUACAAGCUGAUGCUGUAAUAAAAUUACAGAAAACUUCGAAACAAGGAAUUUAUAGUUUAAUUAAUAAGUUUCCACUAGAUAAUAAAGAACGUCGUGAUUUAUUACCACCAACUGAAAGGGAACGAACCGUAGAUUCCGAGAGUAAAGAUAUAACAACGAAAAUGUUAGGCCGAUUAAAUAACAGUAUUCCACAAGUUCCACAUUUACGAACAAAUAUGGAAGUUGUCAAUUUUCGUAAUUCAUUAACAGUUCAUUCAAAAAAAAAUGAAAUUCUUCGUGCAAUUAAUACAAAUCAAGUUGUUGUAAUAUCUGGUGAAACUGGUUGUGGUAAAACAACACAAAUACCACAAUAUAUUUUGGACAAUUGUCAACAGAAAAAUCAAAGUUGUCGAAUAAUUUGCACUCAACCAAGAAGAUUAUCGGCAGUAUCAGUUGCCGAACGAGUUGCAUUUGAGAGAGAUGAAAAAAUUGGACAAACAUUUGGUUAUCAAAUUCGUUUAGAAAGUCGUGUUGCGCCAAAAACAUUACUCACUUAUUGUACAAAUGGAGUUCUACUUCGAACAUUAAUGGGCGGUGAUUCAGCGUUAACUGUGAUCACACAUAUAAUCGUUGAUGAGAUUCAUGAACGUGAUAGAUUUUGUGAUUUUCUUCUUAUUACAUUGAAAGAUGCACUAGUGAAAUAUCGUUCAUUAAAAUUGAUUUUAAUGAGCGCGACACUUGAUGUUAAUAUAUUCACAAAAUAUUUUAAUAAUUGUAUGGUAAUUAAUGUUCCCGGGAGAAUGUUUGAUGUUGAUACAUAUUUCCUUGAGGAUAUUUUAAAAACAACUGGUUACAUGUCAAAGGAGAUGCUCAUUAAAAAGAAGGAGUUAAUGACAAAAAAAGAUCAACAAAAAGUAUUGGAUUUGUGGACACAAAAAAUGCCACAGAACACUGAAGCCGGAGCAUCGAAUGCAAGAGCUGUAUUACCAUUGCCAAUAUCAGGAAAACAGGGUGAACCAAUACCGGAAAAAGUGGAACUCGAACCAUGGCUUAAGGAAGAAAUGGAUAAGGCAAUUUCCGAUGCAUGGUUACAAGGCGGCGAUGAUCAAUUCACACAACUUUUACAUCUUAUUCUCUCGGAGAAUGUGUCUGUUGAUUAUCAGCAUACAAUGACAUCGGUGACUCCAUUAAUGGUUGCCGCAGGUCGUGGUUGUUUGAAUACAACCGAACAACUUUUGAAUCUUGGGGCAAAUUUGAAAAUUCGAGCCAGCAACGAAUGGACGGCUCUCGAUUGGGCUAAAAUGAUGAAACAAACAGAAUGCGCUGAAUUAAUUGAGGCGUAUAUGAAGACAUAUGAUUGUUAUCAACAGGAGAAUGAAACAUUACAAAAGGACGUUUCACUAUCAAUGGAAGAUAAAAUGUUACUCGAUAUUUAUCAUCAUUCAUUCAACGAUGAAAAUAUUGAUUAUAAUCUAAUAUUAGCCCUCGUUUCGCAUAUUCAUUUAAAAAUGCCUCAAGGUUCAAUACUCAUAUUUCUACCAGGUUACGAUGAUAUUGUAACAAUGCGGGAUAAAAUUAACAGCGAAGCAAAAUUAAAUCAAGGUCUUCGUAUUAUAUUAUUUAUUCUCCAUUCGAAUAUGCAAACUAACGAUCAGAAAAAAGUCUUUAAACCCGCAGCUCAAGGUUGUAGAAAAAUUAUUCUUUCGACAAAUAUUGCAGAGACAAGUAUCACUAUUGAUGAUAUUGUCUAUGUUAUUGAUUCGGGUAAAGUUAAGGAGAAAUCGUUUGAUGCAAUAUCAGGUGUUUGUAUGUUGAGAUCAAAUUGGAUUUCACAAGCAUGUGCAAAGCAGCGUAAAGGACGAGCUGGAAGAUGUCAGAAAGGUAUCUGCUAUCGUCUUUUUUCAUCGAUUCGUUAUAAUAAUAUGCUGCCAAAUCAGACGCCGGAGAUUUUAAGAUUGCCACUUCAAGAAUUGUGUUUAUUUACAAAACAUUUAGCUCCGCCAAAUACACCAAUUGCUGAAUUUCUCGAGAGAGCAUUGGAACCACCGUCAAAUGUUGUAACAAGAAAUGCAGUGCAAUUAUUGAAAACAAUCGACGCAUUAGAUCCAUGGGAAGAUUUAACGGAAUUGGGCAGUCAUUUACUUGAUUUGCCUGUUGAACCACGUCUUGGGAAAAUGUUACUUUACGCUGUUGUUCUCAAAUGUUUGGAUCCGAUUCUUACCAUUGUUUGCAGUUUGGCUUAUAAGGAUCCAUUCAUUCUUCCUAAUCAACCGUCGCAAAAGCGGGCUGCAUUAUUGGCUAGGAAAAAAUUUGCAGCAGGUACAUAUUCAGAUCACAUGGCAGUGUUGAGAGCCUUUCAAAAUUGGCAGAACGCUAGAGCGAAUGGAUGGGAAAGGAUAUUUUGCGAAAAGCAUUUUAUCUCAUCGGCUGUUAUGGAAAUGGUAGUUGGUAUGCGAACACAACUUCUUGGACAAUUAAGAGCAUCGGGAUUUGUGAGAGCCAGAGGUCCUGGUGAUAUUCGUGAUUUAAAUACUAAUUCGGAGAAUUGGGCUGUUGUUAAAGCUGCUUUAACCGCUGGUCUUUAUCCAAAUAUCAUUCGCGUUGACAGGGAACAUUUUCAAAUGCGAACACAAAAAGAGGUUAAAGUUUAUUUACAUCCCUCGUCGACUGUUGGUGAUUUUCCCCGAUCGCCAAGAACAACUUCAGCACAAGCACGAUCUGCAAUUGUCGAAUCUCUACCAUGUGAUUGGAUGAUUUAUGAAGAGAUGAGUCGUACCGGUCGUUUUUGUCAUGUUCGAACUGUUACUUUAGUCAAUCCAAUAAGUGUUGUUUUAUUCAGUGGUCCUGCAAGAUUACCAAUGGACGUGAUUAAUGAAGCUGAAACAUUGCCGGAAAGUGAAUCAGAUUCAGAGGUAGAGGAAGGACAAGAGGGAACGACAAUUUUGAAAUUAGACGAUUGGGUUGUUUUUAAAUUGGAUCUUGAGUCAGCGCAAUUGAUUUUACAUUUGAGACAAAAGUGGAAUGCAUUAUUUUUACGAAGAAUGAAAUUUCCAAAUAAAACACUUUCACAACAGGAUGAACAAGUUAUUAAAACAAUUGUUUCUGUUUUAACAAAUCAAGAGCAAGCACAUGGACUUCAACAACCUUCGGGUAUUGGAGUAAGGCCUCGACCACUUAUUGUUGAUUAUUAUCCAGUCAAUGCAAGAAGAUUUGAUGACUACGAAGAGAAUUAAAAUUUCUUUCUUUUCAGCGCAAUUUUUAAAUCACUUCAUCAACAAUCAUUUAGCAGUUGUAAGAAAUUUUUUAUAUGUAAAGAAAAGUAAUUUCUAACAAGAAUACUUAAGGAAACUACUGAUAUUUAAAAUAAUAUUGAUGUUUCACGUUAUCGCGGCUCUAAUCUGUUUGUUGGGUGAAUUUAAAUUAUACAAUUUAUAACUGCACAUGUUUAGAGUGAUAUAAAAGUAUUUUUAGUUUAUAUUUGAUAUUUAAUAAUGUUACUAUUAAUAAUGAGAGAAUUUUCUUUUUUGUUUGAAAUAUGUGAUAUUUGGUUAAAAAUAGUUUAAUUUUUCAUUUAUAUGAUAUUUAAAUCUUCAAAUUGUAUCUAGUUUGCAUGAAUGCAUGAAUGAAAGUCUUGAAUUAUUAAAAUUUUGCUUAUAUGUUGAGCUUAUGAAGUAAUUUAUUUAAAAAUAAUUAUAAAAAAUAAAUGAUUAAAUUACGU